AUGACAGGCACAGCCGCAGAAGCAGCCAUCUACAUGGAUCGCCACCUCGGGGAGAAAGUGCGCCUCACCCUCGAGAAGUGCCUCCAAGACAAGCCAUGCGACCCUAUUAAGUUUUUCGCGCACUCUCUUCGGCAGUUGGCUGAACAGGAUGCCUCCAACAAUCAGAAGCCGGUGCGCACUGAAGCACAGGCUAAGCAACUGCAAGGUGAACCGUCGAAACACCUUCAGUUGACAGCCUCCCCUUCAGUCCGUCUGGGGAAUGGCGUGAAGUAUGAACUGCGUCCACUGGCACACGACUUCCGCUGCGCCGCAGGCAUGCCGCCGGCGGCAGAGGCUACAGCGCCGCCGCCCGUUUUUCCAGCCGUACAGUAUCGAGAGGCCAUUCCGUCCUAUGAGGUAUCUUCGUGUCUGCGGCAGCUUCACAUGAUAGAUCCAGCGGCGCCACUGCUACUUUUCAUCGAGUGCCCUGCUCCGAAUACCGGCGCGUUUUUCUACCAAGGUGUCGCGUACCGCUGCGGGAGCGCUACCGGGAAGCCUGUCAACCAGACGGCGCUGCCACUCAUCACAGCCUUGCAGGAAGCUCUGGGAGCUGAGAAUGUACGUGACUUCGACAGUGAGAUUCGCGCAGCCGCCGCUGAGGCAGCGUCUGCGGUGCGAGUGAGCUUCCUCCCCUCCUUUCAGGGAGAUUACCUCUCCAUCUUCGACACGCUCGAUGGCGCGCUGAAAACGGCGACGCAGGCGACAGACGCCUCCACAUCCGACAGCCCCACACAUCCGCCUCGCUGGAGGCUUCCAUCCGUCCUUUUCGUGUCCUACAAGCCGGAGUCAGCGCACCUCACAUACGCACGGUUGCUCGCCAGCUACGGCCCUCUCUACGAAGCCGCGCAGCGAGCAUCCUUGCAGGCUUACCGCGCCGCCCAGAUGAAGCGGAAACGGACGUACACUUUCGCGUACGCGAGGGAGUACUGGGCAAAGGUGCAGCGGCAGCGCCACACAUCCUCCGGUGCACCGCGCACGGUGAACUCAGUGCCUAAGUGGUCCUCCUCCGUCGACUCCAAGACACGCUCUGACCAGCCCACCGGGCCUUUCUCUCUCGUCGACGGCGCGACGCCAACCACCGCCGCAGAAAAAUUUCCUGCUGCAAAACCUGCCAAGCGCGGGUUGUUAGCCUACACCGCAGCGCAUCAGGCGGAGGAUGACGUGUUCCUCGUCGUCGUGCGCCGUCUCGAGCAUGCGGCGGCAACACUCAUUCAGUCCGUCUAUCGCGGCUACCGCAGGCGCCGCAGCUACGCGGAGGCGCGCGAGGCGCUUCAUAGCGCCUCUGGUGCAGUCGUCACCAAGUCACCUCUGAAAACGAGCUGGAAAGGUCCCAGGAUGUCAGAGUCGCCCGAGGACCACAUCCUGCCGCCCCUUUUGCGCGCCUGCCUCGAGCGUCUUUUCCGCGAAGGUGACGCCUUCGGCUCUCUUUGGGGUGACUAUGCCAUCUCUCCCGCUCCGGAGAGCCGCCGCUGCUGGAUCUAUCGGCCAGUCCAGCAUCGCGAAGGCGGUGGAGACACGGAGCAGUCGGGCAACGGCAGCGCCAUGGGCGGCGAGUACGUUAGAGAAGGCUGGGUGCAGGAGGAGUUGCUACUCCCGCCAUGGAGGGCGACACAGCCGCGGCUGCACUUGAACUUGCUUCAGCGCUUGAGAGACUAUCUCGCCCUCGCGCAGUGCACUUCGCUUCAUGAAAACGUGCAGCUGCUCAUGGACAGCCCUGGCAUGUCAGUGUUGCAACGUCGAGCCUAUGAUGGAAUCAAGUCAGUGUGCCUCAACCUGUUUCACGUGGCUUACGCAGAGCUGCGACAACGUCACCCGAAAGGGUUGCCAACAUCGUUCUCUGCCUACAUGCGUCAGAUGCACGGCGCCGUACUUGGGUGGCUCUCUACCCCACACAGGUGCUCCCUGAUUCUUCGGGCGGUGCAAAUGACGGCCACCGAUGCAGUCCAGGAUGCACAGCAGGGCAACACCCGUAGCCCUGGAGUGAGCAGUAGCCACAGCGCAACAGAGAGCUCGAUGAGCCGUGUUGUGCGCGACCAGCUCGCUGCAAACGAGGCCUUGUUGAUUGCCCCGCGCUUUCUCUCAGCGAGCGACACUGCCGCGCCCGCGGCACCGCCGGCGGAGCCGACGGUGUUCAGCGUCGCGCCUCAACUCUACAUUUCACAGCAGCCGCUACUCCCCCGAAAAGAGUGGGUACAGGAGGUGACGGUGCUGCUUCAAAGCACGCGUGACCGCGCCGCUGACGCCCCGUCACCGCUCGUUGAGUGGAUGACCACCGCCAGUUUUCCGCUUUGCUGCGUGGACGAUACACCGGUGGCCGCGGUGCUACGCCUCGACACGCAGCAGGUCGAGGGUGUACCGCCUUACGACUCCUUUGUACCUCGCCUAGGUAUUGCCACACAACAGCUGACCGGCACGCGCGCUGCGGAAGGUGCCGCCGUCGGCGACAGCGUGACACCGGCCUCGCUGGCUGUGCAAGCCGCCGCAGCGGUGCAGAAGUGGAUGCAGGGGGAUCUUGCCCGCGCCGCAGACGCCGGCCUGAAACACCACAUUCAGGAAAGCCUCUCCACAGAGAGUGGCAUGGUGUACUACAGGGCACGAGUGCGCACGGGCGGCACGGCCACCGAGGCCUUCACAACACUGUCGCCGUCGGCCACGUUGGUAAGGGAGGUACUGCGCCAAAGUCACAGGGACAGUGCUGCAGAUCCGUGCAAGGGGAAGACUGGUCACGAGGCUAGCACCCCACGCUCAGAGCUCAGCGGGAGUGUCUCUGCUUCCGCCAACCCGUGGCACCGCUCUGUUCUAAGCAGUGAGGAAUGGGACCCGGUGAUGGGGGCGGUGGCGCAGGAACGCUCCUCGGCGGCGCGGCGUAGCUGUUCGCGCACUGCCUCCAUCGUCACCGCAUCACGCGCCAGCGCAGGCGCAUUCAACUCUAGCCGCACGACGGCGGCACGCGUUUCCAUCAACGCCAGACCUGAGGUGCGCUCUUUGGCGGUCCUGCCGAACGUCGAGUGGGAAGCAACUGACGCGCUUUCGAAGCAUGUGUUUCGAGUUCUCACAGCAGACGACGUCGCUAAGGAGGUGAGUGCCGCACUCUCAGGGAGUCCAUUUAAGCACACGCGCGUCUCGAUGCGCUUCUUCGCCGGGCCCACAGUCCUCGAACAUCUCGAUGCAUUUCUUGACCGCAUUGCCACAGCUCUGCAGAAGGCGACCCACUCGCCCUUGCUGGUGCUGGCCAUGGACUUACCGUCGCAGGGCUUCUACGCGCUUGCCGCUGCGCUCCUCGCGUUCCGGCUGCACGACAUGCGUGAGAUCCCCGUCAGGCCUCAUAAAAAGUCAAGAGCAGCAUCUGAAGGCUCCCCCGGCGCACAGCUCGAUGGCGUGCCGAGUGACGCACAUGUUCCGUUUCUCUCAGAGUUUCACAAGGUGCUAGAGACGGCGCUGCCCACCCCUUCCGGUUCACGGACGACGAUGCAGAGCACAGGAGUGCAAGCUGCUGUACAACACGUUUCACACGUUAUGAACUGCGCGCCGCUCCCGCAGCUAAACCUCGUGGCGCUUCUUCGCUCCGCGGUACAGGAGGCGGAAGCGGCAAUCAAGCCGUCACCCGCCAUCGUUCGCGCAACCCAAUUAGCGGAGCAGUAUGCGCUGCUGGUGCUCCUCGACUACUAUCUGUGGUCCUCCCAGUCCAGCUUUACACCGGCGGAGCCAUCGCUAGGCAGCCGCAGUGCCAUGCUGCGUAUGGUGGGCAACUGCGCUUUCGCCGCCUUUGUGAACAGAGUGCCAGCCGCGCUCGAGUGGAUGGCGCACGUUGAUCCGUGGAAAAUGUCAAGCCCGGACCCGCUGCACCUGCAAUACUCGAAUGCGCUGCGCCGCUGGGAUGACAAGCACUACGUGUGCUUCGGCGCAUUCUGA